AUGCAGGAGGAAGGAACAAAUGAAGGGAUACUGAGGCCAGGGAUGGUUCUCCUAAAACAUCACUUAUCACAUCAUGAACAGGUAGAAAUAGUGAAAAAUUGCUGCGAUCUCGGUCUCGGUCCUGGAGGAUUCUAUCAACCAGGCUAUGCAGAUGGAGCCAAACUUAGAUUGAUGAUGAUGUGUCUUGGUAAGGACUGGGAUCCUCAAACAAGAAAAUAUGGAUAUAAAAGGGGGAUUGAUAGUAGCCAACCACCAAGUAUUCCUCCUUACUUUAAUAAGUUGGUUACAAGAGCUAUACGAGAAGCACAUCAGCUAUAUAAUCAGAAAUUUGGAAUAAGCUAUGUAGAGGAUUUACUACCUUCAAUGACUCCUGAUAUAUACAUUGUCAAUUUUUAUUCAACUAGUGGAAGACUUGGUCUUCAUCAGGAUCGCGAUGAAAGGGAAGAAAGUCUUCAAAAAGGGUUGCCAGUUGUAUCCUUCUCGAUUGGUGAUUCAGCAGAAUUUCUUUACGGAGAUCAAAGGGAUGUUAAGAAGGCAGAGAACAUACUUCUAGAAUCAGGAGAUGUUCUUAUAUUUGGUGGUGAUUCUCGACAUGUCUACCAUGGUGUCUCAUCUAUCAUACCAAAUUCGGCACCAGAUGAAUUGGUUCAAGAUACCGGCCUUUGUCCUGGUCGCCGCAAUCUUACAUUUAGACAGUAUUGA